AUGUUUACCCGAAGAAAGACACGAAGUACUCACAGCACCGCCUACACUGGUGUCAACCAUGUAGCUCCUGCUUCUAAUCAACCCAAUUCAGGAGCAUUGGCUGCAGCAUUAACAAUUGGGAACUCUAUGAAACAACAACAUAAACCAUCUACUUUCACAAGCAUAGAUAACAGGCCUGCAAAGCCAACAACACCUUCGUCAACAACAGCCACACCCGAUAGUAAACCGCUUUCAAGGAGUGGUAGUCUUUUCAAACGAGGGUCAAGAACCUUUAAGAAUCCACCUACUACCAAUGCCCCAGUAGCACAACAACAACCACAAGCAAAUAAUAACUUCAGAAGAUUCAGUAGUGGGUCUACCGCAACGUCGUCAUCUAUCGCAAGUCCUCAUACUGCCCGUUCAGAUAAUAAUCACAACCAUCAUCCAAUAAUUUAUGAUAUUGACGAUACAUUUAAUGAUACAACUGAAGAUUCCAUUUAUUUAAAUAAUCGGUCGAAUUUACAAGAUUUAAAAUUGUCUCAUAUACCAGCUUCGUCACCAUCACAAAAACCAAGACUCUCCACUAAGCCGCCGGCCUCCAGGACAACAACCUCAGCCACUUCCAAGGGAAUUAGUCUGCCUGUUGCAUCGGGUCCAGUAAAAAUGGUAAAGAAAUAUGUCCCGACUCCAACCGGUAUAAAAAUCAUUGAAGUCCCAGAAUCAACUUAUCAAAAAGAAGUAGCAAGAUGUAAUUCAUUAAGAUCAGGUUCACGUUCAAAUUCAUUACGUAGCCUAACUAAUAAAAGUGCUGGGCCCCCCGCCCAGAACCGUUCUUCUUCAUUGCAUUCCGGCCGUACUCCACCAACUUCCAAAAGAGGAUCAGUAAUUAGAGCAUCACCCACUCUAUCACCACUUCAACCCAUGACUGAAAAUGUGGACCUAGAAGAUCAGCUCGGCAAAACGGAUGAGAUCCACGAACAAGAAAUUAAAUUCCAACAUCUCCAACAUGAGAUUGAUAAAGAGAAGGAAUUGGCUAGACAGAUUGAAUUAAAGAAGAUGGAAUAUGAGCGAUUGAAGAAGUUGAGAUUGGAGAAUGAAAGAAAAUUGCAUGAAUUGGAAGAAGAAGUUAUUAUCCAUAGGACUUCGUCACCUAUUAGUGAGUCAACUGUGACUCGUUCACCUGUUGUUGACGCUAACAAGCACGGAGAUGAAUUCGUUGAGGUUCCUGAAAUGAAUAAUAAAGAAGAAGCGGAAGAAAUUGGACAGCCACAGGUUAUCGAAGAACAGAAGGUUGAAGUGAAUAAUAAACCAGAGGAGAAUGAGAAGGAAUACACUCUCAAGAUAAAUAAACCCACCCUUGAAAUCCUCCAAGAUGACAAAGACAAUGAGGAAAAACGAGAAUAUCCGGUUGAACCCCCAAGAAAUAUUCAAGAACUCCCAAACAACUCCUCUUCUUCUCAAGAGAACUUCAAGACUUUAGAUCCAGGUGCUGAAUUAGGUAUAAUCUCCGAUUAUGGCAAUUUACAAUCAAAUGAAUUAUUAAUACGUAGAUCAUCAUCCGUUGACAAAGUUCAACAACCAGUUCCCAGAAGACAAUCCAAGAUCAGCAGCAUAGAUAGUGACGUAUCAGAAGGACAUCUUCACAAACAAGAUUCAUUAAUCGUCCCCACAAUGACUCAGACCAAUGGCAGUUCCAGAUCCUCAAUCUAUUCUGACGACUCUAUCAAAAAGCCAAUGAAAUCAGCAAUGAAACAAUCCACCUCGAACCAUCAACUCCCUCAUCAUAGACAACAAGUCAAGAGUAAUGCGGCCCAUCAAGCUUAUCUUUCACUAGCCACCGCUGAGAACACAAGACUCAAUGCGAAAAUAUCCGCCUCGAAAAUGAAUGCCGCUGCCCCUCCUCCCACCAAUGGUGUCGCACAUGCACCAGUUCAAAAAACGCCAGUAACCCCACUUGGCGUUAAACGACUCUCACAACAAUCCUUACGAAAGAACGUCCACCCACAGGCUGUUCGUUCAUUACGUCCGAAUUCCAUCCAAGUGGAUUCCCAUCCAGGCAUGAGUGGUCGCACAUUACGUUCCCCAACCACCACAGUUCAACCAAUAGCGCCCCAUCCGGCACUACAACCCAACUAUCAAUCCCCAUCGAAAUUAAGAGCCCAGGAAUUGUAUGCUAAAGCCCAAGCGAGACCCGCGUCGGUGUUUAAACAAUCGCAACAACGCAAACCUCCGUUUGCCGAAACUACUGCACCGGGAGCAGCUUCGGGUGGUACCGGUACUACUACAGGUGGGAAUAAAAUUAAGAGAAGUCCAAGUACGACAAAGCUGGCCAAGAGAUUAACAUUACGUGGUGCUCCUACAGCUACUCAAAACCAAGGAUCAAGACCAUUUGAAGGUUCGGAUGUCAGUUAUCAAAAUUCAUUUCUGGAAUAUGAACAAUCCAAGAAAACUAAUAAAGGGAAAUUUAAAUCACGGUUUGAAGAUUCUGAUUCCGAUGACGAAUAUACCCAUGGUGGUGGCGGUAAUACUACUAAUACUAGUACUGGUAUAUUUUCGAGGUUUAGGGAUUCAGAUGAGGAAAUUAGAGUUAAGUCUACUCCAGCUAGAAAGCCUCCUCCACCAGCCCAACUGUCUGAGACUAAUAGGGUGAGUGAUAUGCAUGUAUUGGAUGUGGAUGUGCUUCCUAAAAAGGAAAAGAAAAAGUUCGGAGGGAAGUUGAAGAAGUUAUUCGGAGUGAAGUAG